AUGCCCGUUCAGACACGGAGAGCUAGGGUACCCGAGUAUCCGAGACCGGUGUCACCUGUUUCUGCCGACUCGAUCCCAACCUGUGAUGAUACAGUUGUCUAUUAUGAGCCGGCGAAGGAUGCUGAGGAAUAUGCAGAGCAGAGAGCGGCGAAAAAACAACGAAUCGAGAGCCAUGCCACAGCAUAUCUGCGAGGCCAGCCUUUAUUCAUUCUCACGGCUCAACUCAGAGGGCCCUUUGGCAAAGGGUGGGAAGAUCCUUGGGGGGACACUUCCAAUAAUAAAGGAAACGAGACUGCAAUAACCCGAAAAAGCUCUCCGGCAUUUACCGAGCCUGCGCAAGGGAAGAAGCAGGACCUUAGAAUCUCAAAGGCGGAUCGUGUGGCUCGGUCAGCUGCAGGCACAAGCAUACGUGCGACGAAGCAACCCAAGGACAACUUGGGUCCAAUAAGAAGUGAGCGGCGAGAGAAGAGCACUGGCCCACCUCUUUGCAACGACGAUGACCUUCCCCCGGAGAACAACAAGGUGGAGGAUUGGUUGAGGAGGAGUGCAGUAUAUCAGCGGCCAGAGCACAGCCAGCAGUCCUUGUCACCUCCAUCACCAUGCGAAGGCAAGGCAAAGAAGUGGGAAGCAUCAAAAUUGGACGUCGAUCAUCUUGCUUCAGAAGACGCCGGUGUCAGCAUCACAAGUAAUCAGCGUCUCCCUUCUGGCACCACAUCAGGCUCGAGGCAAUCCCAGUCAUUUAAGAGCAGCAUUUCAUCCCUCCUCCGUCCGCAGACUCCGCAAAUUGCUCCGCGACCACGUAACUGCUGGACCUCUCCACAAAGGAAAAGGGACAAAGACGAACAAGUUUGCGUCGGUGAUAAUGACAAGGCGACGAAGCAAUCCUGCGCAAACGAACCCGGGCCAGAAUAUGCUAUUAUCAGGCCGCAACGUGGAGCAAAACAUCGUACCUCGUUCGUUACCGCUCCAUCUAAUCCUGACUUUGACCCCCAAGCCAGUUGCAACAAAAGGUCUCCUCCGAGCGGACCUCAGUCUGGCGUCAGAUUAGAGCCUUUUGUGCAGGAGAGGGAGAAAGAACCCGAGCUGGCGGAAAUUGUGACAUCGGCAUUGAACCAUACUUCUGCCACAGUUCCCGAUGCACAAGAGACAUCUUCACCAUAUCCCUCUGAACUUGCGCCUCAGUCUUUGGCGAAAGAAACAACGAAAUCAACCAUAACGACCGAUUUGCCAUCUGCGCAGAUGCCACCCCUUGCCCUCUUAGCGUCUCUGCCCUCAAAUCUUUCUAGUCACCGCCAAAUGGUUGACGAAGCCCUGGACGGUGGUGAUGCAGAAGCUAUUGACACAGAGGGUCGGAAUGGAGCAGAAAUUGUUGAUGUAACCGCCGCUGGAGGUACGAAAUCGGAUGCAAGUGUUGGCCCUGAUCGCGAGUGCAUCCUCUUGACGGAAAAGUCGGAAGCCGCGCAAGAUAUCCAACCGAAAAUUCCGAUACAGGUCAACGGUAUUGGGACAUCUCCUUUGAUGACUGAUGAUGCAUCAGUUGUGUCCCAUUCACUCAAGAAACCUGGCAGAGGUACCCAAAAUGCAGCCUCCCCGGAGAGAAUCACAAAGGUUAGAGCAACCAGAGCCAAGAGACGAGACAUGUCUCCAACGGAAGACACAGCACGACGUCGAUCGACUCGAGGAUCGAUAAAAUCGACUCUCAAAGUCGCGAAGCCAUCGUUUGUGAUCCAGGAAGAGACGGCUAUUUCCAAGACAGCUAUCCCGCCGCAUGAAGAGGAACUUCAGCCUGGUAGUGGAGAUGACGGAGAUGGCGCAGCAACGAAUUAUGACUCUGAUUCCGCAAAGCUGUUGUUGCUGGCGUCCUGCGGCCCAAGGAGCAUUCUCAGAUCGUUCUCCGCGCAGAGUCUUACGAAGAAAGUGAAGCCGUCCCUCUCCACCACCACCAACCCUCCUGCCGACUCGUCAUCGACCAAGCAGCAGGAUGCACAACGACAAAAGCUGCUCAAACUGGUCGAGAAUGACGACGACUUUGACAUCGAUGCGGCCAUGGAUGACCUGGGGUCCUUUCUGGACUCGUGGGAUUCGGAAAAAAAGGAGGCUUCUUUCUACGCCACUACUGCUACUCGCGGCUAA